UGUUGUCAUCUAACGCAUCUAACGUCAUCACACCUGAUUUUUUGAACUAAAUAAUACGUCCGACAUGUUUUAUUGUCGAGACAUGAGAAUUAGUAAACAUUGAAGUGUCAAAUAAUUAAAAAAAUUAAAUUACCUGUGUAUAAAUUAAAUUAAAAACGUGUCAAUCAUGUUAUCAGUGGUGAAUCCUAACCUUCAAUUAUUAUAUUGUCAUAAUAUUAUUUAAUUGUUGACAAUUGUUUUAUUCAAAAGCCAACUAUUGAUGGAUUUAAUCAGCAAAAAAAGAUGAAUUAUUUUUUAUUAUAAAAAAAUCAGCAUGAUGAUUAGUUUUUAUUGUUUUAAUUUUGAUUGUAUUUUUUGAUAAAUCUUUUUAUUUUAAAUUAAAUUUUAAUUAGACAAAAUGAAUUUUGAGUUGAAUCGCUUGAAUACAUUUAACGAGUGGCCAGAAAACGCAGCUGUCAAUCCGUCAAGAAUAGCAAAAGGCGGAUUUUAUUACACUGGUCAGGGUACUAAUGUUCAGUGCUUCUUCUGCGGAGUUACCAUAUCUGAAUGGAAUUACGGGGAUCAAGUGAUGGCACGUCACCGCGAAGCUAGACCAGAAUGUCCUUUUGUUUUGAAUUCAACUAGCACCUGCAACGUUCCUCUGCUGGACUCAAAUAAUUCGACUCCUAGUCUCUUUAGUUUGCCGCCGCCACCACAAGAACCUAGGAUAGAACCAUCUGAUAGGCAGCAGCCGACGACUUCAUCUCCAGUGCAAAGUCAGAACCCUAGAAUUGAAUAUGGAACUUAUGAACAGAGACUAAGGUCUUUUGGGAAUUGGCCAGCUACUAACAAUGUUACGCCUGAAAGUCUUGCGAGAGCUGGCUUUUAUUAUCUCCAACAAGAAGAUAUGGUUGAAUGUAUUUAUUGUCGAGGCAUAAUGAGCAAGUGGGAACCAGGUGAUGAUCCAUUUAAUGAACAUAGAAACGGUUUUCCACAUUGUGAUUUCUUCAAUCACCAAGAAUCUAAUUCAGGUUUAACGACAGAAGAGAAAGAAGAAUUGGCAAACGUCAAACUAUUGUCGGGAACGACGGCGGAUUUGCAUAAAUUAGGAAUACAAAAACAUACCGGGCCGAGGCAGCUUAAGUAUGCUACGUACGAGGGUAGACUCAGAACAUUCCAAGGGUGGCCUGAUAACCUUCAGCAGACACCAGAUAUGUUAUCAACCGCUGGAUUUUAUUAUGUUGGUUCGGGUGAUCAAGUAAGAUGUUUUCACUGUGAUGGUGGCUUACAUAACUGGGAAGCCGAUGAUGAUCCUUGGACUGAGCAUGCCAGAUGGUUUCCGAAGUGCGGUUUUGUGUCUAUUGUCCGUGGACAAGAUUUUAUCCAGCAUUGUAUCGACAACAGACCACCUUUAGAUCCUUUAAUAUUUCUUGGAGUACCUGAAAAUGGAGAAGAUGUCGGAGAAUCAUCUACAUCACAACCUGCCAGUUCUAGUUCUAGUUCUAAUUCUAAUUCUAAUUCUAAUCCAGUUAGAAUUAGACAUGAGGUUACUGAUACUGAAGUUGAAGAUCUUUUGCAUUCAGCACCAGCUAUUACCGCUCUACAAUUGGGUUUAAAUCUUGGGAGAGUAAAAACGGCAUUAAGACAACGUUUGGAAAGGUUCGGAGUACCUUACACAAAUUCUGAUCAGCUUAUUGAGCACGUUCGUCGUAUUCAUUUGACUGAAGAAAAUAACGGACUGGAAAAUAAUACAGAAACAUCAUCAUCCGAGCUAGCAGCUUUGUUGAGUAAAGUGAUUACAGUUCAAUCAUCAAGUAAAUCCAGAUCACAAGGGCAAAAUAGAUCGGAUAUUGUAAAACAGCAAGUACCAAUGAGUUGCAAUGGCGAGAGUCAAGAAGUGACAGUUAUGAGUUUAAAAAAAGAUAAAAGAGCUGACGCCCAGACAGAUAAUGGACCACUAUCACUUGAAGAGGAAAAUCGCCGUCUAAGAGAAGCGCGAUUAUGUAAAAUAUGUAUGGAUAGAGAAGUUUCAGUAGUAUUUCUGCCGUGUGGACAUCUUGCCACUUGUGUGCAAUGUGCACCGUCAUUAACAGACUGUCCAAUGUGCCGCCAAGAAAUUCGUGCCACCGUGCGAACGUUUUUAGCCUAAUCAAUUAUUUAUUGAUAAAUAAAUAAAUAAAUAAAUUAUUUAUUUUAUUUUAGUGAUUACGAUGAUGAUGAUGAAGAUAAUUAUUAUAAUAUAAAAAGAAUUGAUAUUAUUUUAUUUAAUAACUUAAUACGUAGCUUCUCGUAAUGAUUAUUUCUAAAAAUAAGCUGAUGCAGUUUAACAAUAAAUUAAAAUAACAAUAGCAAUAACAACUUCAGUAGUAUCGAAAAUUUUGACUUUUAAAAUUUUAAUUCUAAUUACGAGUUUUACAUGCUUACGUCAUAGAUAAUAAUUAUUGAUACCUGAUUUAAAACUCAUAGACCAAAAAGAAAGAGAUAUAAAUAUAUUAUAUAUUAUUAAUUGUAAAUUGUUUAUAAAAAAUAACCGAACAGAUAAAAGAUAUUGAGGACAAAAAAAUGCAGCUGUAACAAUCAAAUCUCAUUGUUAAUUAUCAAUUAUUUAUCUGGGAUAUAUAUUUUUUUUAAACUUGGUUCGUUUGCUAGAAAAAUGUGAUUAAGCAGAGAUAGAUAUUUUGUAAAUAUGUUUCACUGUUACAAAGUUUUAAUUAAAAUACAUAGAGGCUGAUGAUUAUCAA